AUGGUGAGUGCGAGUGUUGCUGAGGUGGGGGCCGCCUUCUGGGCCUGCGUUCGUCGCGUUCGGGUGCUGCUGCACGUGCUCUUCGAGCACGCGGUGGGCUACGCGCUGCUGGCGCUGAAGGAAGUGGAGGAGAUCAGCCUGCUGCUGCCUCAGGUGGAGGAGUGCGUGCUCAACCUAGGCAAGUUCCACAACCUCGUACGUCUCGUGGCCUUCAGUCCCUUUGCCUCGUCCCAGGUUGCCUUAGAAAAUGCCAACGCCGUGUCCGAAGGUAUUGUCCAUGAGGACCUCCGCCUGCUCUUGGAGACUCACCUACCAUCCAAAAAGAAAAAAGUGCUCCUUGGGGUUGGAGACACCAAAAUUGGUGCUGCUAUACAGGAGGAGUUGGGGUACACCUGCCAGACGGGAGGAGUCAUCAUGGAGAUUAUGCGGGGAGUCCGCCUGCACUUCCACAGCCUGGUGAGGGGCCUGACAGAUCUCUCUGCUUGCAAAGCUCAGCUGGGCCUGGGGCACAGCUAUUCUCGUGCCAAAGUUAAAUUUAAUGUGAACCGGGUAGACAAUAUGAUCAUCCAGUCUAUUAGUCUUCUAGACCAGCUAGAUAAGGACAUCAAUACCUUCUCUAUGCGAGUCAGGGAAUGGUACGGAUACCAUUUUCCCGAGCUGGUGAAGAUUGUCAACGACAACGCUACAUACUGCCGUAUUGCACAGUUUAUUGGAAACCGGCGGGAACUGAACGAGGACAAGCUAGAGAAGUUGGAGGAGUUAACGAUGGAUGGGGCCAAGGCUAAGGCCAUUCUCGAUGCCUCCAGGUCCUCCAUGGGCAUGGAUAUAUCUGCUAUCGACUUGAUAAAUAUAGAGAGUUUCUCCAGUCGAGUGGUUUCCCUAUCAGAGUACCGCCAGAGCCUUCAUACCUACCUGCGGUCCAAAAUGAGCCAAGUGGCCCCUAGUCUGUCAGCACUGAUUGGGGAAGCGGUAGGCGCACGUCUCAUUGCUCAUGCUGGCAGUCUCACCAACCUGGCUAAGUACCCGGCAUCCACUGUGCAGAUCCUUGGGGCUGAAAAGGCCCUGUUCAGAGCCUUGAAGACAAGGGGCAACACCCCAAAAUAUGGACUCAUUUUCCACUCUACUUUCAUUGGUCGAGCAGCUGCCAUGAACAAAGGCCGCAUCUCCCGAUACCUGGCAAACAAAUGCAGUAUUGCCUCACGAAUAGAUUGCUUCUCUGAGGUGCCCACAAGUGUGUUUGGCGAGAAACUUCGAGAGCAAGUUGAGGAGCGGCUAUCCUUCUAUGAGACGGGAGUGACUCCACGGAAGAAUCUGGUUGUCAUGAAGGAGGCAAUGGUGGAGGCAGAGGAAGCGGCUGCUGAGAUUGCCAGAAAACUGCAGAAGGAAGAGAAGAAACGCUUGAAGAAGGAAAAGAAACGCUUGGCCGCAGCUGCCCUUGCCUCUUCAGAAAACAGCACCCCCGAGACCACUACCCCUGAGGAGUGUGAGGAGCCAAGUGAAAGGCCCAAAAAGAAGAAAAAGAAAAAAAACCGGGAGGUGCCUCAAGAGAACGGGAUGGAUGAAGAACCCUCUGCCUCCAAACCCAAAAAGAAAAAGGCAUUUUCCAUGGAGGAGCAAAUUAAUAGUGAUGAUCUUGAAGAGACCACUGUCACUGUAAGUCUUCCUAAGAGGAAGAGGUCACCAGCUAGUGAUCAGGAAGAAGCUGAAAACAAGGUUUCCAAGAAAAAGAAGCGGAAAUUCUCCCUUAAGGAGGAGCCACUCAGCAGCCCUGAAGAAACUGGGUGCAGCAUUAAGAGUAAUGGCAGUGCCAAGAAAAAGAAAAAGUCACAAAAACAAUCUCAGGAAGACUAAAAGGACACUUGGGUGACACCCUGUACCCCCAAUAAAGACA